AUGUCUGUCGUCCUCGACUCGCCAGAUCUGGCAGCGCAAAACAGACACUUGCGGACUUCGCAGGAAAACUGCUAUGACGCCAACAUCAGUGCAUCAAAGACAUCUACUUCGAAACCCUUCUACCACCUGACUGCGCCCCAUGGCUGGAUGAAUGACCCGUGUGGACUUGGAUACGAUCCAUCCACAGGCAUCUACCAUCUUUUCUUCCAGUGGAAUCCAUGGGGCAACGACUGGGGCAAUAUGUCCUGGGGGCAUGCAAUCUCGAAGGAUCUUGUAUCAUGGGAGACAUUCGCUGAACCCGCCAUGACGCCGUCCGCCAAAUAUGACUGCCGUGGUGUUUUCACAGGCUGCAUGCGGGCUACCGACAUCCAGGGGAAACCGGGGCAGCUCACAGCCAUCUACACAUCAGUCAGUCAUCUUCCUAUUCACUUCACUUUGCCCUACACCUACGGCUGUGAGUCUAUUAGCCUUUCUGUCUCGAAGGACGGGGGUAAGACGUGGGGGCGACAGGAUUGCAACCCUGUCGUCUCUGGUCCGCCUGAACACCUCUCAGUAACUGGAUGGCGAGACCCUUUUCUCACAAACUGGUAUCGCGGUGGCCAAAAAGACGCAAACAACCAGUAUCCAGGCUUUUAUGGCAUCACAGCGGGCGGAAUUGUCGACCAAGCUCCUGCCGUCUUUGUCUAUACCGUCAACCCUGAAGAUCUUCGCCAAUGGCAAUAUACCGGACGUCUGGUAGAUGUUGGCCUUAACUUCCGACCCUCACGCUGGUCAGGCGACUUUGGAGUCAAUUGGGAGGUAUCGAACCUGCUCACAUUAAGCAAUGACUCGGGAGACUCGCGAGAUUUCGUCGUGAUGGGUGUCGAAGGGUGCCUGCGUCCUGAAAAUCCGGACCAGGAAACACGCCAACAAGCUCGCUCUAGGAGAGAUCCUCGGGGUCAGAUGUGGAUGUCGGUGAAAGCACGCGAACACACCUCUGGCGAUGAACCAUUGGCAGAUUAUGCCUUCGCUGGAUACUUUGAUCACGGUUGUUUGUACGCUGCCAACUCAUUCUGGGACCCACAGACUUCCCAACGUAUAGUGUACGGCUGGGUUACCGAAGAGGAUCUGCCUGAUGGUCCUCGCCAUCGCCAGGGUUGGAGCAGUAUGGUCUCAUUACCGCGUGUGGUGCGAUUAAUGACGUUGCAUAAUGUCAAGAAGGCUCGCAGCUCACCAUUGGAAGCGAUCACUUCCAUAGAGACCAUUACAGAGCCCUCUAAUUCUGACACGUUUACUAUCCAUACUUUGGGUAUUAGCCCAGACUCGCGACUCUCUCGACUUCGAAAUGCAGCUAAGCAUCAGCAAUUGGCUCGUCUGCCCUUGUCAGCUUCUCACGCUGUGUCAUCGGAGCCAACAUUGCCUCUAACGACAGCUCGCUGGGAAUUCCGGACGGAAAUCUCCGUCGGGCAAAGAUGCAAGCGCGUUGGGAUUGAGAUCGCGCAUAAUGCCAAUAAUGAUCAAUGCACCACGCUUGCGUGGGAUACAUCAAGCGAAACACUUACGAUCCACCGGCCGACAGUCAUCAAUACCGAGACCAAUCAUGGACAUGAGUCGGCACCUCAUACGCUCUUCACAUCCCGCACUGCACAAGGCGAGGAAGUCGAAGAGUCACUGCACGUGCAUGCAUUCUUCGACAAGAGCGUGCUAGAAGUCUUUGUGAAUGAUAGAACAGUCAUUACGACCAGGGUCUAUCACCCCUCGGAACGAUGCUUCGGUAUCAGAUUCUUUGCUGAGGCGGCCGAAGACGAGUCCCACGAGGCAUUGGCAACGAUUCUCCAGGCCGACAUGUGGGACGGACUCGGGGCAUAA